UGCCUGCGAGAAGCUCUGGGUCGUGCCGUGCCGUUGAUGAUAAAAGUAUGUGAAUGAGAUCUGGCUGCGAUCGUUUGGCUCCUUUUAUGGGACGUUAUAAUAUAUUGAGGGCGUCUGGUUUUCUGUGUUUUCACCGUGUUUAACUACUUUCCUUUUAAAAUGACGCUGAGCACUGUUUAAUGUGUUUUGGUUUCUGAACUGAAACGGAGAAAUGUGUUAAUUGUUAAAUUAAUGUGUAAAGGAGAGGCGAAAAGUUGGACGAAAACCACAAGCCCUAAUGUAAUGUGUGUGUAACUGUCGACAAAGAAGCAAGGGAGGUUCUCUCAGGGAAAACAAAUUAGAGGUAGUCUUUUUUUAUUUAUUUAUUUUUUAAAGAAAAAAAAAAUUCCAACAGAAUGUACUUAUAAAAAAUGCCUGUCGAUUAUUUUUUUGUUUUUAAUGUUCAGAUUUUUUUUGUUUCACUCGGUUUUGCCACAAUCCUUGGAUAUUUCUACAAUAAUUGGCGAACUGUUUGUUUGCAAACUUCCAGCUCCCAGCAGAAGAACUGUCUGUUGCUGUAAUAGCCGCAAAUUUUUCUGACAGUUAACACGUAUUUCUUAAAUGUCUACCUGCCCCUGAAGAAGAGACCUUGGAAGUGGAACUUAAAGAAACAGGCGUUAUUUACAAAUCAGAGGCGUUACCGAUACUAUGCAAGCUUUGUGUGCUUCGUCCCAUUUCUGAUGGCAACAUGAAAUUAAUUCACACAAAACGACCAUCUUUUGAAGCAGAAACACGUGACACAAAUGACAGGCUUUUUGUUGAGUCACACACUUCCGCCUCUGUGGGUCUAAUAUUAUGCCAUGGUUUCAUUUUGUAAUCUGGUUAUUUAUUUAACAGUGUAGAUGUUUGGUCGAAAUAAAAGUGCUUUUUAUAUUAACUAAAAAGAAAUACAAAAAAAAUGUAUUCCUGAAAACCGCUACCCCCCACCCCCUCACCCGUGGAUCGUUCUGGAUUGACUCAUGAAUAUUCAUGAUUAAUUAAGAGCGGCUGUGGAGCAGGCUUUCUCUACCAAUAAAGGCGAGCAACUUAGCUGAACCGAAGGUGAUGUACUGAAUGUGUGAGCCAGCCUUCCUAUGAUGGAGUCUCUCCGUUUGCAGUCAGACUCUAAAGGGAGUGAGAACGGUUUAGUAGUGACUAAAGAAAAUGGGUCAGAAGUGGAGGAUGAGCCUCUCCUCAAAGCGAACCCACACCGCUUUGUCAUCUUCCCCAUCCAGUAUCCUGACAUUUGGAAGAUGUAUAAACAGGCACAGGCGUCAUUCUGGACUGUCGAAGAGGUUGAUUUAUCAAAGGAUCUCGUUCACUGGGAUAGCCUGAAGCCAGAAGAGAAAUUCUUCAUCUCGCACGUCCUGGCUUUCUUUGCUGCGAGUGAUGGAAUUGUCAAUGAAAAUUUGGUUCAAAGGUUCAGCCAGGAGGUACAGGUCCCAGAGGCGCGCUUUUUCUAUGGGUUCCAGAUCCUCAUUGAGAAUGUGCACUCAGAAAUGUACAGCCUUCUAAUAGAAACAUACAUCAGAGAUUCAAAGGAAAGAGAUACUUUAUUUAACGCUAUUGAGACUAUGCCGUGUGUGAAAAGGAAAGCAGACUGGGCUUUGCAAUGGAUCUCUGACAGAAAAUCAACUUUUGGUGAGCGGUUAGUUGCCUUUGCUGCGGUGGAAGGGAUCUUUUUCUCUGGUUCCUUUGCUGCCAUAUACUGGCUGAAAAAGAGAGGACUCAUGCCUGGACUCACCUUCUCCAAUGAGCUCAUCAGCAGAGAUGAGGGACUUCAUUGUAAUUUUGCCUGCCUGAUGUUUAAAUCUCUUGUGAACAAACCUUCAGAAGAGCGAGUCAAAGAGAUCCUCACCAGUGCAGUCAGUAUUGAACAGGACUUUCUAACAGAGUCUUUACCCGUAAACCUCAUUGGAAUGAACUGCACCCUGAUGAAGCAGUACAUUGAGUUUGUAGCAGACCACCUGUUGGCAGAUCUGGGCUGCUCAAAGAUAAUCACGCGCAGGCCUGUUUGUAACGUGGUGCUUGUACACCUGCCGUAAGAGCAGCUGCUUGCUUCACCAAUCCGACAAUAGCUACUCCUGUUUCCUGUACGAUCGACGCCCUAUGUAGGGUGCAUGAUGCGGAAAAGCUGGGCCUGGCCCAUUUACCAAGGACACUGCCUGCCCUAACAGCAGUGCCGGGUUUCUGACGUGAUCCUUGGAAGAGCCUGCUCAGCUGGGGCUUUUGCCUGGGCAGGGUUUCCACAUCAGUGUUUUAGAGUCUGGCCUUGUAGAAUUUUUUUACAGGAGGUUCAAAGGAGACGUGCUUGUCCGUACAGAUGACACAACAGUGGUUGCUUACAUCAACUGUGAAGGCAAUCUCAGGUCGCUGUGUGGCCCGCAAGCUUUUGCUGUGGGCACACAUGAACCUCCUCUUACUGUGGGCAGUUCACCUGCACGGGAUGAGGAAAUAGGCAGCGGACCUCCUCUCAAGGGGAGUCCCCAGCAGCUCAGAGUGGAGGCUUCACCUCGAGGUAGUGAGCCUCAUGUAGGAGAGGUUUGGGAGAGCAAAGAUAGACCUGUUUGCCUUCCAGGAAACAACCCACUGUCCACUCUGGUUCUCCAAAAUAGGAGGCAGGGAACAGCUGGGAAUAGAUGCUUUGGCACAUAAGUAGCUCAGAAAAGAAUAGCUUUAAAUGGACAGAGAAGCGUGCUCUGGGCGACAACGAGAUCAAAAACUGAGCACGGAGAAAUAUAUUCAAUAUAGUUGUAUAACUGUCAACACACACCCUUGUAAUUAUGUUAUGUUCAACAUGGCACUAUCUAUUCUGCCUGGUAACAGUCAAACCAACACAGACAUUCCUUUGCUUCAUAAAGAGGCCCUCACAUACCUGGCUCAAGUACCCCACCCAGCUCCUCAGUUUUCUCUAUUGCAGAAAAUAACAUAUUAAAAGAAUAGUUCUAAUCUAUAUAAACUAUUACAAAAUUCCUACAAGGGUUAUUGACAUUAUACCGAAUGCCAGAGCACUGUCCACGUGCUCCCAGUACGGGUACAAGUGGGGCGACUUUUUCCAUGGCAGUUAUACUGCAUUUUUUUGCAGGACCUUAUUGAUGAGGGGAAAUCCCCCUCAUCUUGUUAAAGGUCUAUCUGGUUGCUAUUUCAGCUUGCCGUGUUAAUUUCCCAGGAGCUCACUUCCUGGUGGGGCUAUUUUUGAAAGGGGCUCUGCGGCUUAGUCCGGCUAUGAAGGAUGUUGUCCCUCGCUGGAGGCUAAAUGUGGUGCUUAAUGCACUAAUGAAGCCUCCAUUUGAACCCCUACAUUCAGCUGAGAUGAAAUUGCUAUCUUUGAAAGCGGCUUUCUUGCUUGCUAUCACCUCCGCAAACAUGCUCCAUACCAAUCCUGCCUUCAUGCCGAAGACUAUCUCGGCUUUCCAUGACAACCAGUCUGUGGAAUUGGAGGCUUUCCAUUCACCUCCUUUCCAGUCUGACGGAGCGACAGCUCCAUAUGCUCUGCCCAGUUCGGGCCCUGGCGUAUUAUGUUGACUGGACAAAAAGUUGGAGACAGUCCGAACAAUAUUUUGUCUGCUAUGGGGCGAAAUCCCAUGGUCAAGCCCUGACUAAGGAGAGGCUGUCCAAGUGUAACCAUUAACCUUCAAGGUCGCUGCAUCAUUUAUUCGCAGUAGGCAUGAAGACAAAGUGACGCUGAGAUCUGUGACUGCAGUGCUUUUGAUCCCUCGGGGGAGGGGUCAGAACUGCAUCCCAGGCUCAAAGAGCAGCUUUGGUACAAAGUAUUUAAGGUUUGGGUCUUUAGGAGGUUAAUACCCAUUCAGUAAUGAUUACAUUUCUGUUUCAGGGUACCAGGGUUAUGAUAAUAACCUAACAGUUUUUUUUUUUCCUUUUUUUUUGGUCUAUGAGCAUUCUGAUUGAUUAAAUAAAAAUAUGGAAAUGCUAAUUUUUUAAUAUAUAGACUUCAGUGAGUAAUUGUGUGGUAUAGUUUAAGAUGUUUCACAUUAUUUUAAAGAUGGUGCUUCAAUUAUUGUGUGUUUUUUUGUUUAUUUCUUUCAGGUAUGAUUUUAUUUUUUUAUACACGUGAGUUUAUAUGAUUGCCCCUAAUUUGUCAUAUGUGUAAUAUGUAUGGGAGGGGGGGGGGGGGGGGUUGUAUUGAUCGGACAGUCAAAAGACCCUCCCACCGCUACAUAAGUUCCAACACAGUAAAGCUGCAGGCUCAGAGAUUGGUACUUUUAAUAGAUAACAACCUUUAGUGUGCCGCAGAUGCAGGACAGGUUAACUAAACCGCAUGUCACAUUGACCUCAAUUUUAUUGCGGAGCCCAAUGUGCCAUACUUCACCACUUUUAUAGCUGUCCAAGGCUUGCACUGUAUUGUACCAUAAAAUUAAACUUGAGUACUCUGAACAAUCAUAUCUGUCUAUGGUAAUACCAGUAUAUUUUUUUUCUUAAAUUUCUAGGUAUUUAAAACAGGAAAUCCAUUUGAUUUCAUGGAGUCAAUCUCUCUGGAAGGGAAAACAAACUUCUUUGAAAAGCGGGUAGCGGAGUACCAAAGAAUGGGGGUGAUGUCUAACACAAUGGACUGUACUUUCACAUUAGA